CUCAAGCUUAUGGCCAGAGGGCCGCAGAUGCAGAUGGCAAGGAGCCCUAUCUGCAUGGACGAAGGCGAUCGCAAGAGCUUCAGUUGGAGCAGGUCUGCCUUUGCCAACGCCGCCAACCGGGUGAGUGGCCAGGACCAAGACCCUCGCAGCUUGAGACGAGGCGCCGAUGCGGAGGUGAUCUGCACGCUGGCGGUGCAUUCCGAGCUGGGCGCUGGGCUGGAGAUUGAGUUCGUCGAGGGCCACGGCUACCGGAUAGAGUCGAUCCGGGACCAGCCCGGUCAGCCGGAGCUCCGCGUGGGGGACCUGCUGCUGGAGGUGAAUGGCCAGUCCCUGCAGCUGGACUCAGAGGAGGAUGCUGAUGAGAUCCUUGCCAGUGAGCUCUCGGAUGGAGUGCGCCUGGCUGUGCGCCGGAAUCAGCCGGAUCUUCCACCAGAUGUGCCCGGCAGCUGGAAGGAGGCAGACCGGAGUGACGCGGAGGUGAGCCCGAAGACCGCCCAGUUCGUAGUCGGGCCUGAACUUGCCCAGGAGGCGCGCGAGAAGGUGGAGCUUCCAGCAGCCAAAGGGCCCUUGGCAGGACUGCUAAGCAGUUUCGGAGCCCGGGCCAAGACCCCCGAGGAGUCAGCCUCUCCAGAAGAGGAGUUGCCGCAGUGGCCGGAGUCGGACUGGCCUGAGGCACAGGAGCCGAGAGAGUCCGAUGAGGAGGUCAUGCUGUUCCAGCAAACCGUGGCUUCAGAUAGAGAGGCCAGCGGGAGCGGAAUUGAGUCGAUUCCGAUGCCCUUCGCUCAAAAAAACGGUGGCUGGCAUUUCGAGCCGGAAGGAGAAGCCGAAAGCUCUGUGCAGGAGGCAGUGCCGGAGUCCGGAUCUGAGGCUCAGGACACCGUGGCCAUCCUGACUGCAAAGCCAGCGAGGUCUUCAGCCGCACGCUGCAAAGUGCGAGAUCUCGCAGAAUGGAUGGAGGAGAUGAGAUUGGAGGAGUACUUGGAGGCAGCUUCCGACUGGUGCGCCGAAAUGGGCGCCGUUUCUUUGGAGGAGAUCGCUGAGAACAUUGAGGACUUCGGGAAAGACAUCUCUCUGAAGCCCAUCGAACGGCAACGUGUACAGAAGUGGGCCGCACAGAAGCUGCCUGGUGCCGUUUGCAUGCUGAGAGACAAUUUUAGCUUCGGCUCGUUUGGGAAGGACCCACCUCUGCAAGAGCCACCCCGCAUCGAGCUGCCAGACGAAGGCUGGAACGAGGCGCCGCGGGCACCCAUCUACACAGCCCGCAGCGUGCGGCUCGCGGUGGACUCUCAAGGCAACACUGGCUUGGAUCUCCGCUUCGACGACGAGUGGGGCAUCCGAGUCGAGUCAGUGGACCCACUCCCUGGUCAGCCCGGCCUCGCCGAGGGUGACUUCAUUGUGGCGAUAGAAGGCCACUCAUUGCGGCACAAGAGCCACGAGGAGUGCGACGCCAUUUUCUCGGAGCGGCUGCAGAACGGCGUGCUGCUCAGCGUGGUGCGGCCGGCCUCGCAGUCGCAGCUGGCCCUUCCCAAACAGCCGAUGGGUUCGUGGCGCCUCCCCCGGCAGCCCGAUUUUCGCAACCCAUCCUGGAGCCGCCGCAGGGGCGGCCAUGACGCAAACCGCAUGUGGAACCGCUUCAACCGGGGCCCUCCCUGGUGUGGUGGGCAUGUGAAGAGGAUGACCACGGAGCUGGUUCAAGACAUUUGCAAGGAGCGUUCAAUGUGGUCGCAGCCGCAUUUGAACACCCAGCUCUACUUGAACUACAAAGGCUUUGAGACCAUCGAGUGUCUGGAGGCAUACAGCAAUUUGCGGGCGUUGUACCUCGGCAACAACAACAUUGCCAGAAUAGAUGGCCUUGACCGCAUGUCCGACCUGCGCAGCUUGCACUUGGAAGGAAAUCGGAUCAGGUGCAUCGAGAAUCUCACCGGCAAUUUGGAGCUCCGGCAGCUGAGCCUCGAGUCCAACGCCAUCAGGAGCCUCAGCGGCCUGUCUCAUUUGACGAAGCUCCAGCACCUCAACGUGGCAAAGAACGCGCUGUCUGAGUUGAGCGACCUCAAAGAGCUCGAGUCGCUCCCCAGCCUGGAGAAUUUGGAUGUGUCGCACAACUGCAUCGAAGCCUCGGAGGGUGUGGUUGACUUUUGGGUGAAGCUGCCAGCAGAGUUGAAGAUUCUGCGCUACCACGGCAACCCAGGUGUCCGCUUUAUUGAGCACUAUCGAAAGCGACUGGUCAAUGCGCUGCCUGCGCUGCGGUACCUCGACGAGCGCCCCAUUUUCCCCGUGGAGCGGAAGGCCAGCGCAGCUUGGCAAGAGGGCGGAUUGGAGGCCCUUCAGAAAGCAAAGCGGGACCACUUUCAGGAGCAGUGCCGCCUGCAGAACUCCGUGGACCCCGAGCGGCGGGAGUUCCUCACGCAGCAGCGGAAGCUGGCCAUCGCUCGCAUCGAGCGCGAGGAGAGAGAGCGCCUAGAGGGUGCGGAGGAGGAGAAAGGCUGGACUGCUGCGCAAAAGGGCGAUGAAGAAGCCCUGGCUGCCUAUGCCCGGACCUGGCGGGAGAAGCUGGAGUGCUGCGGCGCGGAGAAGCUCAGAGACGAGGUCGCCACCUCAGGGAGCGGCCAGAGCAAAGCAGCGGCCUUGGCCUUGGCCGAGGCUCAGCGAAAGGCGCAGGAAGAGAAGUGCCGGCUGAACGCGGUCCGGCAAAACCCAGCACCCACAAGCAACAAGGCAACCUUCUCGCCUCCACCGCGGGACUCAGGGUGCGCCCCUUCUGCUGCCAACGCCAGCAACGUCGCUGGCUUCCGGCAAAGCCGCAGCGAGGACUGGGCAGAGCGUCAGCUAUCCUUGCUGGGCGAGGACGAGCCGGAGGCUGCGCGCCCCGAGCCACGAGAGCCAGUGGAACCGGUUCCGGAUCUUUGGAAGAAGGUGGAGCAGCAGAAUAAGGAAGCGGAGGGCCAGGUGCUGGAGCUGAACGCGGCGGCCAGCGCCGGGCCCUGA